AUGGUUAAAAGUUCUGAUUUGACAAAAAAUGAACUGAUCCACAUUCUGGCAACUUCAAAAAAUUCCAAGGAAAAAAAUCGUGCCUUCAAGUUACUCAAAAAAUUUGAACCAAACCCCAAAAAACACUUGGAUAGCACAUUUAAGUACGGUUGUGCUCAGCAAAAAACGUACAAAAUUGUCCAAUCUUACGUUUGUUGGAGAUGUGAUAAAGCUAAACAGGCUGUUGUUAAGUGUUUCUGGAAAACAUCGGAAGGUGUAAAAAUCAUAUGCAAUACCUGUUAUUUGAAUAUGACACAAUAUCUUGAUAUCGCUAGGGCAAAGAAGGAAACUCCUGGAUUAACUAAGAAUAUAAGGCCUUAUGAUGGAGUUAUCACUUAA